UAGCUAGCUGACGUUAGCGAAGUUAACUAACAUUACGGAGGUCGCAGAUUUUCAGAAUGCAGUGUUGGACCCACUGUUGGACUAACGUUAUCUGGAAAGCAGCAGGCCUGUACAUUGCAAAUUAGACUAAAUAUGUAGCUAAGUUAGCUAGUUAACUUGUACACUAGUAGGUAGCUACAUUUUAAAUAGGGUUUCCAUUUAAUCAGCCCACCUUUUAGUACGCUAAUUUAGCUUGUUAGCGUUUGUUUCUUCCGUGCUAGCUUGGUACAGCAUCAGUAGCUGUGUUCAGGAUUUAUCUAGCUCCUCUCUCGAUAACGUUAGCUAGCUUUGGCAGCAAGAACAGAAGUUAUCGAAAGCUAAAUUAGGUGGUUAAAGCUAACGCUACACAGCUAAUAAACAUAUUCCUCCAUUUCUAACUAGGUUGUGCCAGCUAGUCAGAGUUAUUGCCUCUUUUUUGUAUUUUUAUUUUUUGUUAGUAUUGAAUUCGUCUUAUAUUUGAACCGGAACAGUACACCACAUUGAAACAAGAUUGACCAUCCAUAAUUAACGUCUCCCAUUUCCUUGGUAAACCAAUGUCUUAUGUUUUUAAACGAGUGUUAUCUAGCUAGCUAACGAUGUCUUUCCUAGAAAGUUUACUCGCAUAUUUUAAUCUGGGUAACUUGCAAUGGCUGUGCAUGGUUACCCUGUUCAUUGCCUCUGUUGUUACGGUGCUCAUUUAUCUGGUGCAAUACUUUUAUGGCGAUUUGCGUGUUGGGAAUCCAAAUGAAAUUACACAUUCGGAAGAAGCAGACGCUCUGCUGAAUUGGGCGCUGUCACUGAAAAGCUGGAGAUGUCAGUGGAAGAGAGCCUGGUUCAGAGCCUUGAACGACGAAGCGAAGAAGCCCGGGGGUGGUGUGCAACUAACAUUUGAAGAGGAUGACCUUCAGUCUUCAGAACUGGUCGUCAGCCAUGUAUCCAGCUUUAAGAAAUCUACUGAGCUUAAGAAUGUGCGCUGUCAGGUGGUGGGGGACAGGCUGCAGUUCUCCUUCAGUGUGCCUCAGAAGUCAGCCACACCCACUGAUCCCCUGAGGUACAGCGUUAAAAUCUCUCCACUUCAUAUGCAGCUGGACUUGCAGAUGCGUGAGGCAUCAGAGGAAGUGCAUGUGGCCUGGGUGUUGUCACACUUGGAGGUCUGGGAUCUGCAGCUCACGCCCAGCUACACACAGAUUAGCACAGCUGGCCCCAGCGUGGCGGAGGUGAGGGACAGACUCCGGCAGAUCCUGUGCGGGGCUCGUCCUUCAGUGCUGCUGAGCAGCCGGCCUACCCAGGGAACAGAGCUGAAGGAAGCACGGAACAAAGCAUCUCAGGUGAUCUCACCCCCUAAACCCCCACGCGCCCAUGAUUGGAAGCUGCUAGUGAAGAACAUCAGAGCCACAUUCAAGCAGGAGGACAAUGCUGCUGGCAGCAUGAACUCCUACUGCGUCCUCCAGCUGGAUGACCCACCUCAGAAACUCUCCUCCUCUGUGUUAAAGAAUGCCUCCAGCCCAUACUGGGAGCAGCCCUUCAUCUUUGAGCUGAGUGGGCGAUCAAAAGAGCUGAAUAUUCAACUCCUGGAUGAUGGGAAACCACAGGAGAGCUCCCUGUUGGGUCAGGUUUCAGUGCCUUUUGAUCUUGUUAAGAAGCAACCCAAAGGACAGCAGACAUUUGCACUUAUGGCUAAAGACCAAGUGGUUGGCACGCUUUCCACAGAGUUCAGGUACCUGGAGCCCAGUGAGGUCCGGUCCUGGCAGACCCCCACCCCUGCCCCCACCAAGAAGGUGGAGAUGGACCGCACGGUCAUGCCCUGUGGCACUGUAGUCACAACCAUCACCGCAGUGAAGAGCAAACCAGGCCGGCCGCUUCCAGCUGGACUCAAUGGAGAGUCUCCUAUGAAGCCUCCAUCCAAAUCCAAGCUGUCGGAGAGACGAGUGUCGGAGCAGCCCUCCAUGUUAGGAGCCACAGUCAGCAAGGCCUUGUCAUCCUCAGACACAGAGCUCUUAAUGCUGAACGGGACGGAUCCUGUGGCAGAAGCUGCGAUCCGACAGCUCCACGAGUCGGCCAAGCAGAAGCUCAAGUCCCCUGUGAAAAAGAGCACCAUCAUCAUCUCUGGGGUGGCAAAGACUCCUCUGUCUCAGGAUGAUGAGAUGGCUCUGAUGGCGGGGUAUGCGGCAGCCAUGGACGCCUCCAUGACGGAGGGUUCCCACGACACGUACGCAGCGUCUGUGGCGAGCUCUGGCACUCAGGACCCGUCGGAUGACCCCCAGGAGGGCCCCAGCGGAGUGGGGUGCGGGGGUGACUGGGAGGCCCAGGCGGCAGAAGACCCCGACACGGAUAAGAAGUCUGCGCUGUCGCUGUGCAUAUCCGAGUCCACUUCCAAAAAGGGGAAAGGCAGUUUCCUGCACAAGAGCGCCAAGCUCUUCUUCCGCCGCCGGCACCAGCGCAAGGACCCGGGGAUGAGCCAGUCGCACAACGACCUGGUUUACCUGGAGCAUCCGGUGGCCGUGGAUAAGGAACGCAGGACUGCCACGUUCAGCCGCAUCAUCAACAGGAAGCUGUUGCCAAAGAGCAAGAGCAAGGCCAAUGGCUCUGCGGGGGACCCGCAUGCAUGACCCCUCCCCCUAGCUCUGCACUGAUUAGCCCCCCCACCCUGAGGUGGGGGGCGGGGGGAGCGCAAACACCUCCUCCCCUCCCUUUAAAUUCUUUUACUGAAAUGGAUGUGGACAAUGAUCUUAAUGGAUUUCUGAAGAAGUGCAGAAUGAGAGAUUUAACCAUUUAACAAAUUAACCUUUGCAACAGACAUUUGGAACUGUUAGUUUCACUUUCAAGACCGUGGCCUUCUAAUCUGCUGUAAGAAAUGCAGUGGCCAUGCUAUGUAUCGUUUCAUGAAUAUAACCCCUUUUUGGCUUUAUGGUUGCUGGUGGCCAAAAAGAACAAAAACAUGGGAUUGCGCAUUUCAAGAGACAGAGAAAGUUUACGCCUUUCUCAGUUUUAGACAGGCCUGUUCUGGAUGCAUUUAUAUGAAAUAGUGCAACAUCUGUGCAAUGAUGAGUGCUGUUCUGAUACAGGCUUUGCUGUGCAUAUCACAAUGGGAGUUUACUGUUGAGACAAAGGGAGACCAAUUGGUUGCACUACAUGGUGGAUUCCAUAGGAGGCCAUUAGGCUACUUGAAUACUAGUUAUUGCUUUAGUAGUUUGGUGUCCAUUUUCAUCAUUUAUAUUGACUAUAGUAUGCAGCUACUGUGAAAAUCCUUUAUUUAAGACUACAUCUUAUACUUCAUGGGUCCAGUUUAUGAGCAUGCAGUCAAAGUAGGCAUGUCAGUCCAAUAAAGUGUAUAUACUGUUUAUUCCAGUCUGUACUCUCAAAAUGAGUCUCAGCAACAAGGUAAAACGGAGUAGGUAAGGAAGGUAACAUGUAAACACUCCCACACACUCAGUGCGGUCAGAAAUACCAGUGCUUCAUGGAGAACAUGAAGAAAGUUGUUAAUUGGCAUUUUGAAUGUUUUUCUUGCCUUUCCAUUUUGAUGUUACGGUUUUUGAAAGCAUAUGCAAGUGAUUACUGUUUGUUUCUUUGUUUUGUUUUUUUUUUCUUUUUUUUGUCCAACACUACAGUCUUGUAAAUGGUGUUGUUUUUUGCAGUAUUGCAAAUGUAACCCAUGAAAGGCAAAUGAAAUUUACAUUGCGGAAACACUACCUUUAGUGGUGCCAGUGGGAGUGGGAUGCUUGUACAUUCACACAUCAUGGUUGCUUCAUGACUACUGUUUUAUGUCUUUAAUGACACACCAGAGCUUUAAACAAUAAUGGAGAUAUAUAUGAGGAAUAGAAAAUCUGAACAGUUUACCUGGAUGCUUUUGUUUGUUUGUUUGUUUUUUUUCUUGCUUUGUGAUUGUAAGAUUUUUUUUUUUACCUAUGCAGGCAAGCAUUUUAUAAGAAAUGGCACCUAAGUAUCAGUUCACUAGAUAUCGACUACUGUUCAUCCUUUCCUGAAUGAGCCUAGUGAGUUACUGCAAAUACAUCAAAUCCACAGUACAGUAUAUAGACAUGGUGGAACCUGUAUGAUGGGUUCAUCCUCUAGCCUUAAAAGCCUACAACCCAAAGCCUUUGUGCUACCAUGCACUGGAGCAGAGUAAUAGUCGUUGCAGGUUUUGUGCUGGCAACUGGCAUGUGGGUGUGCUCUGUAUCGUCUGUGUAGGCAGGUGUAUAUAAUCACUGGGGAGGCUGUGCAGUGUAAUUCCUCCUUUGCAGUCUUUUGGUUGCUGUCCCUAGCUGUUGUAUCUUGACUUAAGCCUUUUUGGGAUUACAGUACUGGGAAAGAAUCUACAGACCGUUUGCAUGACUGGCUUUGAGAAGUCUAAUGACAUGCAUUUAAAAAUAGAACUCCUGCCUAUUUAGAAAAUCAAAACCGAAAAAGGGUUUUCUGGCCUCUCGGGUGAAUCUGUAGGUGUAUCUGCUUGGCCUUUUGAGUUUCAUUGCAGAGCUUCAGCAUAUUUGCAGAGGAAAAAUGGCUGCAUUGCAUGCUGUGGGUUGGUCUAAUGUUUAACUACCACAUAACUUCUUUAUAGAGUUUUUAUUUGGGUUAUAUUUGAGCAGUGGUGGAUUAAAUAUUUACUCAGGCCAGUGGUGUUUCCAGUGGCCUCGGUAACUCACUUUUUCAGUACACAUACAGUUGCAUUUCAGCCAUGCCUGAAACAAAAUGUUCUGUGUGUAUAUAUGCAUACACAUACAUCCACACAUAUGUACACACAUGUGCACACACAAAAAAAUCCAGAGAGAGAGAGCUUGAUGGCAGUUUUUAAUCUGGCAGACUUGAUUCUGAGCCUAACAAGUCUGCCUGUAAUAUAAUAUAAAAAUGUAUACUUGUACAUUGUGGAAAUGGCCUGUAAAUAAACUGCUUAUUGACAUUUUAUAUUAGCAUCAAUUCCAUCUAAUAGACAGAGCUCAGAUGCCUCUUAAUAUAGAUUGUCAGUCAAUGCAAUGCAGGGAUUAUCACCAAUGAACAUAUCAGGAUUAUAAUUUUGAGCAAUAAAUAUUGACUGAAUAACCAUGAUGCUGUGUGCUUGUUUUCA